GCCACUAACAGGUUCAUUACAGAAAGCAAUUAUUUUAGCUGAGACACAGGUAGAAUAUACCUGAUCUCUUUAGUCAGAACAUUUACCUAUGGCAAACAGACAGAAUGAGGCUCCUCCUCCUUAUGACUAUGCAGUGAAUCCGAACACUCCCCAGCCUUUAUAUCCUGGUGUUCAGGCCACCCAAAGCCAACCAUACUACAUCCCUCAGCAAAUACCUCACACACCUGCUCCUUAUGUGAUUCAGACAGUCCCCUCACAGGCUGGGCGAGUUCAAUCGUCAAAAAACAAAAAGUGCUGCUAUGGAGGAAGUGGUGGCACUGCCAUCUUGGUGACACUGGUUGUAAUUGCCGUCGGAGUUGGAAUACGUUAUGGACCGUCACUGUGGGCUUUUGCGGGACAUAAACAAGAACCAGACACAUGCCCCGCAUCAGCAGUCAAUUGUGAUGGGAAGAAAGACUGUUCUAAGGGCAGUGAUGAAAGUGUCUGUGUGAGGUUUGGAACAGGAAAUGAGUUGCAGGUCAUGACCUCUAAGACUGGAAGCUUCCUUCCUGUCUGUGAUGAUGGCUGGAGUACAAGCAUAGCUGACCAAACAUGCAAACAGCUUGGCUUUAAACAAAGUUAUCAAAAGAAUGUAUUGCCAACCAGUGCGUCCUCCUUUCAAAGUGUGACCAAUGGACAGUUUUCCAACACUAUCCAGGGCAGUGUUCAGGCCAGCACAUCCUGUCCUAGUCAGAAGACCGUGUCGCUGCAGUGUAGCGACUGUGGAAAGCCACCGACUAAUACAAAGAUUAUAGGGGGAACUCCAGCUACCGAGGGUCAGUGGCCGUGGCAGGCCAGCCUUCAUUUCAAAAGGUCUCAUACAUGCGGAGGAUCUCUAGUGGCUCCAGAUAUUAUAGUUACAGCUGCUCACUGCUUCCCCAAAGAAUCAUCUGACUCUCUGGUGCUUAGUAACUGGAGAGUGUACAUUGGUAUGGUGUCCCAACUUAAACUUCCCAGCCCAUAUUAUGUCAAACAAAUCAUCAUAAAUGAAAAGUACAACUCAGACACAAAAGACUACGACAUUGCUUUGCUAAAACUUGAGACACCUGUCAGUAAUAUACAACCGGUCUGUCUCCCUGUGACUGGCCAGACUUUUCCUUCUGGUACACAGUGUUGGACUACAGGUUUUGGAGUAACACAGGAAGGGAGUGCUUCAAGUUCAACUUAUUUGAUGGAAGUCGCAGUCAGCUUGAUUGAUUCAACUACAUGCAACGCAAAAGGCGUUUACAGUGGACUUAUCACUGCAAAUAUGCAGUGUGCAGGAUAUCUUUCAGGAGGAAAAGACUCGUGCCAGGGGGACAGUGGAGGUCCGUUGGUGUGUAAGGCUGGUGAUGGUCGUUGGUUUCUCACAGGUAUAACAAGUUGGGGAGAAGGCUGUGGAAGGAGAAGCCGUCCAGGUAUCUACAGUAACGUAGAGCGCCUUUUACCCUGGACACUUAGCAAGAUGCAGCAAGUACAAGGAUGAACUUCUACGAUCUUGAAGAGCAAAGCACAUUGCACAUUGCCGUAUACACCUCACAAAUCAUUAAACAAACUUUAUUAUUAUUACUUAAAAGCAAGUAAAUGCAAAAAUGAAAAUUCUCUAAUAAUAUAUUCACCUUCGUGCCAUGUCAAACCCAUAUUUCAUUUAUGCAAAAAAAUAAUAAAUAAAUGUUUUAUUUAAUUAUUAUUUUAUGUUUUAUUUUGUUUUGUAUUUAAACUGUCUAAAUAAACUGCUUUCAUUCAUUUGUAAAUAAGAUGUCCUUAAUUCUGGAUAUAUGUUAUUGGUUGAAUAAAAACUUUGACACAAAACUGUUUAAAUGUUUAAGAGUGACAUGAGGGUGAAUAAAUUAUGAAAUAAAUGUUUGAUUAAAUUAUUAUUUUAUGUUUUAUUUUGUUUUUUAUUUAAACUGUAUAAAUAAACUGCUUUCAUUCAUUUGUAAAUAAGAUGUCCUUUAUUCUGGAGAUCUGUUAUUGGAAAAACUUUGACACAAAAAUGUUUUAUAAAGACAUCUAAAAAGGUUGAGUUGAAUUCAUUAUUUUAUUUAUAGUCCCUUUUUACUGGACACCUAUUAUACAUAAGAGUAUGAACUAGCAAGCUCAUAAAAGCACUGGAUAUUGUGUAUGACAUUUUGUUUCAUAGAACUUUUACUAUCAAAAUAUUAUUCAAUGUUUUCAAAUAAUUCAUUGACAUUAAACUUGCUUAUUUGCUUAAACUUGA